AUGAGCGACGGAAGUGACGUGGAUAGUGGUAAGACUUCAUUAUUUCUUUAUGGGGUUAAUCGAAAAGCUUUCAAAAACGUUCAGCGUUGCAAAAAUGCAAGAACGGAACGAAACAUACACUGAAUGCCCGAUUACAAGCUUUGUUCACAAUUAUUUCCAUUUUCAGACGACUCGGCCUAUCUGGACAGGUUGCUGGUGGGCCAGGGAGUCCCUUACGACCGGGCCGCAAGCAUCGAGAGUCUCACGAGCAUCACAAGCAUCGAGAAUGCUCCGGAAACGAGCGAGGCACGGCCGGCACCCGCUCCGAAACAGACGUUCCAGUACAAGCCGCCGAGGACGUACGAUGAGAAGUACGAGCUGACCAAUCGGGUAUCUUUUAGACCUUUUUGAAAUUCUAUUGUGAGUGCAUUUCACUGCAAUUUCAUAGAACCUGGCAAGAAAAUUCGAAUUCUUCUCUUAUUUCAAACAUUUUUUCACCUCCAGGUGCUCGAGGAGCCGCUGAAAGAAGGUCACGAGCUGGAUCAGCUGACGCCGGUGUACGCGAAGAUCUGCCGGUUCAACGAGACGCACAUCAUUCCGGAAAAGUACUUGGCACACCACGAACAGUUUCUGUGCCCGCAGAGAAAUGACGACAUCCGAGUGACGACUUCGGAGAAGAAAAAUUGA